CCCGGACGAUCAGGCUUUCCGGGUGACAAAGGAACAAUGGGAAUUCCUGGAAGAUUGGGGUUAAAAGGAAACGCAGGGGAGAAGGGAGCGCCAGGGGAGCCAGGCCUGUCCAUCAUUGGGCCACGAGGAUCUCCUGGACAGCCAGGAACUAGAGGCUUCCCAGGCUUCCCGGGUCCGAUUGGGUUGGACGGCAAGCCCGGGCAAAACGGCUUGAAAGGAGACUUGGGUCAACGUGGUCCCAAAGGAGUUCCAGGUGAAUCUGGUCAGAAAGGAGAAAAGGGCCUAUGUGGAGACUACAGUCACAGGAUGUUGCCCAUCACCGUGCGCAACAUGCCUCAAAUAAACCCUCUAAUCCUAAAGCGCCUCAAGCAGGGUGAGCCUGGAGCUCAGGGCCCACCAGGACCUCCCGGCCCCUCAGGGACCCCCGGACUGAACGGUGCAAGUGGACCACCGGGUAAACCCGGUGAACCAGGAAAACCAGGAAAAGAUCCAAGGCUCCUGCCAGGGAUGAAGGGUGAGCCAGGCAUGCCAGGAAUAAAGGGUGAUGUUGGCCCUGCUGGUCCCGAAGGCCCCAAGGGACUGAAGGGAGACCUAGGGCUGAGGGGUGACAAGGGUGAACCCAGCGCAGCGGGGACUGGCAUCAAAGGAGAACCAGGGACACCAGGACUUCCAGGCCUAUCAGGAUCCAAGGGUGACAAAGGCGACCAAGGUGUCAAGGGGGAAGAAGGAUCUGAUGGCCCAGCUGGACCAAGAGGUCCUCCAGGUGCAGCAGGGGAGCCAGGAAAAUCAGAAAUCAUCAACAAUGAAAAUGAUAUUCGGAAUGUACCUUUGAUGGGCCCACCUGGACUACCUGGCCCUCAAGGGGUCCCCGGAACACCAGGAACAAAGGGUGAAGUUGGCCUUCCAGGCCCUUCAGGUCUUGACGGAGAGAAGGGUCCUCGGGGGAAGCCUGGAGAGGCAGGUCCUGUUGGCCCAGCCGGCCCUGAAGGCCCCAGAGGGGAGGGGGGCCUGAUGGGUUUCUCCGGAACCAAAGGAGAUAAGGGGGACAUGGGCCCAUCUGGAUCACCUGGUUUAGAUGGCCCUACUGGUGAAAAGGGUGUUUCUGGGCCUCCUGGUCCCAUUGGAUUACCAGGCGCAAUGGGUCAGAAGGGUGAGUCCGGAGAUAAGGGAGGAAUGUCAGACAUGGUAUACGGGCCUCCAGGUCCUCCAGGACCCCAAGGACCAGUUGGCCCUGCGGGACCUGAAGGACUGGGAGGGCCAAAGGGGGAGCCAGGCAUAGGCAUACGGGGAGAGAAGGGAGCAUCUGGUUCGAAAGGCGAUAAAGGGGACAGGGGUCAUCUUGGGCUUCCUGGGGCUCAUGGUUUAGACGGCAGGCCUGGUCCAGUGGGCCUGAUAGGACCAGUUGGUGUGGCAGGGCCAGCAGGACUGAAGGGAGAUAGAGGUUACAAGGGAGAUUCAGGAGUCCCAGGACCAAUUGGGCCUCAAGGCAUCCCUGGUUUAGUAGGACCACAAGGAUUCAAAGGGAACCGGGGAGAGAGGGGCAAGAAAGGCAACAGGGGAACUAAAGGGGAUAAGGGGGACCAAGGAGCACCCGGAUUAGAUGCCCCCUGUCCAUUGGGGGAUGAUGGCUUACCAGUAUCAGGGUGUUGGAAUAAAUAACGAUAACUUCGGGGUGGCAUGUGUGAUUGUACAUAGAAUAUUUAUUUUUGUACUUUUUAUGUCCUCUCUUAUACUGACGAGAAAAAAAAGAAAAUCAUAAAAAUAUGCCAGGUUCUUUGUACAGAGUGUUUAUUUGUAUUACUUGUAAUAAUGUUUAUGUAUUGGAUUUAAUAGCUAUGCAUUAUGUCAACAUGUUUGGAUAAGGAAGAAAUUAUAAUGUGGCUACAUAUGCAUGAUAUUUGUGCAUAAUGUGAACAGAUAUUGCCUAUUAACUUAUUGUAUCCUGUCGUUUUGUUUUGUUGUGACCAUGCUGCACUGAGUUGUGGGGCUGGAAAGAUGAAGUGUUUGGCUUUUUAAAAUAUCUUAGUUGAACCCUCUUUGUAGAGAUCAAAAUGAUGAAAACCUACAGCCCAGCAAAUGUUCCUGUCUAAAUAUGUACACAACUCACGUCAUGGUGACAGACAGCACUGUAUUUAGUCUGCACUGUACAGUAUAGCCAUUUUAAUCACUGGUGCACAGAUGCCCAUGGUUCUCAACGCAUCCUCUUUUAACCGUUUAGGGUUCUGCUAUCAUAAACCCAUAACGUAUCCUGAAUAUCCAGCAUGCCACACUAGCACAUUUUGUCAUUGUCUCUAAAAGGGAAACAUUUUAUCUCACGAAGGGGUUUCAACUGAGAUUGCCUGACCAAUUGAAGCUUUAGUUGUUUCCCCCUAUAGGUAAAACAGCAAUUUUGAAACAGAGAACAAAUACUUAGCAUUUGCUGCUCUUUCACUGGCUGAGUAGUUUCACAGCCAGAAUGACCAACCAUUCUAAGCUACAAUAUAGCUUCACGUAUAACCUGGCCUCAAUUUCUCCAAGUCAUCUGUAAAUAUAUUUUUUUAACCAACUCUAAGGGGCCACAUCAUCCUGCUUUUUGACUAUCAUGCUCUAUUUAACUGUAGUUGUUUGCCUUUUUUGUUAGAACUUUAUCAAAUUGAUACAAACCCAUGUAACAAGCUUUCUCUUGGAUGACUGAAAUAUUGCUGCUGACCCUUAAGGCAUCCUGCUGCCACAUUGCCUUUACGCCCAGUGUAACGCAUCCAUCUAUUUAUAUGAAGAAAGCUAUUAAUGGACAAUGAAGAUCUUGUUAAGAAAUACCAGACUAGUUAUUUGCAGCUGUACUUUAAGAGGGAGUGGCCUACGUGCCCCUUGCUAACUGUGUUUAUGAAUCAGUAUUGAAGAGAUGGAUGAAGGGGACUGGAGUAGAGUUGGUCCAUUGCCACUGCUCAUUGUAAAAAAAAAAGUAAAAAAAAGAAGCUCUCUUAGAGUUCUGAUCUGCCUGGAAAUGUAUAGCUAGAUUAAGAGAUUACCACCUUUUAAUAAAGUCUUCAUCAGGUUCUUAUACCUCAUGCUAACGUGUGCCAUGUUCCCCUGCCUUGCUCUCCUUGUUAUAGGUUCAACCCAAAGUUCAUGAGAAAUCAUUGAGAAUCUGUUCAAAUUGACAUUUAAAUGUUUGUUGACCUUUUAUAUGUUCAAAAUGACAAUCAGAAAUAAACCUAUUUUUUUUAUAGUACAAACAGUACAGUUGUGUGCUUUAAAAACAA